UUUAUAAUAACAUUUGAUACAAAAUGGCUGGAGAAGUUGUUGUUGAUGCUUUGCCAUACUUUGAUCAAGGCUACGACGAUCCAGGAGUUAAAGAAGCUGCUAUAGCACUGGUUGAAGAAGAAACUAGGCGUUACAGACCUACAAAAAAUUAUCUAGACUAUUUGCCAAAUCCCAACUACCAUGCAUUUGAAACAGAAAUUAUUAGAAAUGAAAUGGAAAGAGUUCAAGCACGUCUACCAAUGGACAUGAUGAGCAUGAAAAGGUAUGAACUCCCCACCCCUCCCGCUGGUAAAAUGACAGACGUGACAGCUUGGCAGGAAUGUGUAGAUAACUCACAGGCCCAGUUGGAGCAUCAGUCUUUGAGAAUCUUGAAUCUGGAGCUCAUGUCUGAGUACGGUUCCGCGGCUUGGAGAUCUUACAACUCUGUGAUAAGUAACAUGAUUGAACAGGCACAGAAACAGUUGCAGGAUUUACGUAAGAAAAUUCAAGAAAUCAAUUGGCAACGCAAAACAGAACAGACCGAAGCUGGUGAAAAGUUGAGAGACUUGGAAACAAGUUGGGUCGGCCUCGUCAGUAAGAAUUAUGAAAUUGAAAGAGCUUGUGCUGAACUGGAAAAAGAAAUUCAAGAGGAGGACCAGAAACAGUUGAGGCGAGGCAGAAAAAGACUCCAUGAAGACUCUUGAAAAUGUUUUAUAAUAUAUGUUUAUGGUUUAGCUGCACUGGCAUAUGUGUGAAAGUGCUUGACUGGGGAUCGUUAUAUCAUUUCAUUGACAUUUAAAUAUCCAUUUAUUUUUUAUUUUUUGGCACCUGACUGGCCUUGAUGACUUUGUUUUCAUUGAUGUGUUUGGAUUGAUGUUGAUUGGGAUGAAGUUUUGUAUUGCAGACGAUUGAAAUGUGCUGUAAAAAUUGACCAAUUUUAUUUUUCUGCAAUAGACCUGCUGCCUUUUUAUGUUCAUAAAGAGUUGUAGUUUUUAAAAUGACCAUGAAAAUGUCUGUUACACUCUUCAACAACAUGUAGUAGUUAAUCUUAAGUGAAACAACUUUAAAAUUAUGUAAAGCAUCUUUAAAAUUAUUAAAAUAAUCAAUUACAAUG